UACAGAACUAGUAUGAGGAGCCAAUAGGAGUGGGCGACCGUGCAGCAGAGGCAACGGUUAGUUGCCCAAUUGUAUGUAACGAAAAGUCUAACACCAAAUUUGUAUUUUUGUACACGAGCUACUUCUUCUUCUGGUUUCAGGUCUUGUAAAGUUAAUACAAAUGAUGGAUGCACUGUCGGUGGUGAGUCAGCUGCGGGACCUGGCCUCUGAACCGCAGAACCGAGAGGUGAUAGUCCAGGAUCAGGGCUGUCUCCCCGGGUUGGUUCUCUUCCUGGACCACAAGAACCCAGAAGUGCUACUUUCAACACUUCAGACGUUGCGCUACUUGGCUGAGUUGCCUCCCAACAUCCCCACCAUGAAGAAUGAACUCGGUAUGAUGGUGAGCUUGGAGAAUCUAGUUGGGAGGGAUGGCCUGUCUGUUGACAUCACAGCCUUGGCCCAGGAGGUGUUUGACAUUCUGAGUGCACCUGCUAAACCUGUGCCACGCACACCUGAGAGGGAGAGGAGAAAAAAAUCCCAGUUCUUUAUCAACUCCACCCAGAAGAAGGCCAAGUCUGUCACUCUGCAUAUCAAGGGGCUGGACAGCAUUGACCAGCGAAGCUUGUGUGAGGAGGCUCUUCUGAAGGUCAGAGGAGUGAUCAGCUUCACCUUUCAGAUGGCUUCCAAGAGAUGCACCAUCCGCAUCCGUUCAGACCUGCCCACUGAGAGUCUGGCAUCGGCCAUUGCUGCCACUAAGGUGUUGUCAGCCCAGCAGGUGUUGAAAAAUGAGGCAGGAGAAGAAGUUUUUGUCCCUCUGAACCCAUCUGGAGAGGAGGUCCAGAAAAACGCGGCUCUACCAGACUACCUCCCAGAAGAAGAGGAGAGCCCAGAGAAGGAGGUCGACCGAGCAAUUUCCCGCACCACAUCUAAGGAAGAUUCCAGUGGAAGCUGGCUCAACGCUGCCGCCGGUUUCCUCACCAAAACGUUUUACUGGUGAAACAGCCGCAGUUCAAUUCUCCGAGAUCCAGUGGUGCAAAGUUGUGCUGAAAGACUUCAACUGCUGCCUGUUACUGGAGUGGACAUUACCGGAUGAAACAAGCCACCAUCCUGGCUUUGUGUGCAUAGUCUGAACUUCACCAACAUGCCAUCAAUUGUUGUGAAAAACUACAAAUUAUCAACAUGUGCAAAAGCACUUCUGAUUAAGCUCUAUUCUGUUUACUUAGUUGAAUGGAGGAUCACACACACAUGAAAAAUAUAUUUUGUCUUUGGACUUACAUAAUGCUGUUUUUCUAUCCAGUAUUUUCAUUAAAUGUAAAUAUUUUCUUAUUCUAUCAAACUGUCUUAACAUGUAAAAAAAAACAAAAUGUAUUUUCUGUAUAAAUGUAUGUUGGUAGUUUUGGUUCAUGCUAAAAUAAAUCUGCAAAAGUAAA